AUGUUCUGCCUCCCGCUGUUUCGCAAGGACGAGAACAAUGAAAACGAAGCACGUGUUGUUUCUCCGCCAUCUUACUUCCAAGUCUUGAAGAGAUCAGGCGCCGGCUCUGCUGCAGUUCUCAAUCAUCUUCGUGCGAUUCUGGUGGACAACAAGGUUGACGCGUAUAUUAUUCCGAAUGAAGACGAACAUGGCAGCGAAAUUCCAUCCGCGUCGGAGCUGCGACGCGGGUUUAUGACUGGCUUCCACGGCUCGUCAGGUCUCGCUGUCAUCACUCAAACCGAGGCAUUGCUGUUCACGGACAGCAGAUACUGGGUCGCAGCGGAGAAGGCUAUUGACCCCCGCAUUUGGACACUCCGCAAGGCUGACCCGCGUGCCAUUGUGCCUGGUGGAUUCCAAGACUAUCUCUGCAAUCUACCCGCUGGGAGUCGCAUCGCUGUCGAUGCGCGGUUGAUUACUCCAGCGCUGAUGGCUUCCUUGGAGGCGACUCUACCAACAGGCUCUAGAGUCAUUGCAACACUGGUCAAUCUUGUGGACCAAGUUUGGACUGACAAGCCUGCGCGCUCAACUGACCCGGUUAUUGUCCACCCGCUCAAGUUCUCCGGUCGUGGAGCGGAUUCUAAAAUUGCCCAGCUACGUGAGGAGAUAAGAGCAUAUUCGGAAUCAACCUCGUAUCUUGCGACAUCUCUGGACGAUCUAGCAUGGCUCCUCAAUCUCCGCGGCACCGACAUGUUCAAUCAGCCGCUUUUUUAUGCGUACUGCUUCGUCAGCGCAACCGAAGUCGUUCUUUUCAUUGAUUCUCGCAAGAUCACAACAGAAGUCCGAGAAUAUCUCAAUACCCUCAACGUGCAAAUCCAAGAAUACCAAACUAUUUGGGCCUUUCUUGCGAAAAAAGCGCAGCAAGAUCCCAAGUCGCAGGUUUUGGUCGACUCGAAAGCAUCGUAUGCUGUUAUACAAAUGCUUGCGGCUACAGCGACCGUCAUUCACUCCCCAAUAAACACAGCCAAAGCCAUCAAAAAUGCCGUCGAAAUUGAGGGUUUCUUCAACGGCAAUCUUCGGGAUAGUGUGGUCAUGGUGCGCUGGUAUGGAUGGCUUCAUGAGCAGAUCGUCAAGAAAAAGAAUGUUGUCACCGAAUACGAAGCGGAGAGAAAAUUGAGUGAAUACCGUUCAAAGGUGAAAUAUUGGGCAGGAGACUGCAGUUUCAUCAGCGCAUAUGGACCGAGUGCCGCUUUACCCCACUACCAUGCGGAACCUGACGAAUGCCUCGUUAUCGGACGGGAAGCACCUUAUCUCCUGGACUCUGGCCAGCAGUACUUUGACUCGACGAUCGACACAACACGCACAGUCCACUUCGGCAAACCCACCAAAGAGCAGAAACGUGCCUUUACACGUGUUUUGCAGGCCCAUAUUGCAAUCGACUCCCUCAUCUUUCCUCAAGGCACUUUGGCCACGAAUCUAGAUGGUAUCGUGCGACAUCAUCUUUGGAAGGACGGAAUGAACUUUGGACACGGCCCCGGACAUGGUAUUGGAAGUUAUGGUGUCGUUCACGAAAGUUCAACGGGCAUCAGCGUCCCAUUCAUCUUGAAGCCUGGGCAUGUUAUAACGAAUGAGCCAGGGUUCUAUGACGAAGGUAACUUUGGAUGUCGCACAGAGUCGACAAUCGUCUGUGUCGAGAAAAAGACACGCAAGGAAUUUGGCGGAAGCAUAUGGCUGGGCUUCGAGCGAUUUACAAUGGUUCCCAUUCAACAAAAAUUGGUCGAAAGUUCGCUCUUGUCCAAGGAAGAAAAGAAGUGGUUGAGGGCACAUAAUAAGCUUUGCUACAAGAAACUGCGGCCACUCUUGCGGGAGGUCUGUGAUAAACGAGCUGAAAAAUUGCUAGGUAGAUUCUUCUGA